CACAUUAGACAAUUCGAAUGAAUGGAAUUUGUCACGAGUGGGAAGAAGAAGAAACCACAAGGAAACUUUUUCUUUUAUUCACGGAAGGACUUUGUGAGUUUGUAUGUGACAAGUUGCGUGAAAGUUUAGGGAAAGAUAAUUGGCAACUCUUUGUUUCGUCACCUCCUCCUUGGUCUGCAGAAUAUUGUCUGAAAGUUAUUUUAGAUCGUUGGUUUGCAGUAUUUUCAGAGUCUUGUCUAGGAAAUGUUGUUGUCACAAAUUUGGGAAAAGGAAAGGAAGUAUUCAGUUGGAUAUAUGGUACGAGAAUGGAUUUUUUAAGAGGAAAGAACUUGUCUAGCAAUCAAAUUGAGUUAUUGAAUCAAGCAGUGAAGGAAAUAUUGGUUGCCAUACGUUCCCCUUUUGCUGGUUUAUUGCCGACCCAUUCUAGUUUUGAAGAUUACGUUCCUUUUACAAUUAAUUUCAAAAACUUUGGCCAGGAGGAAGCUAUGGAAAUUGACAAGGUUACUUUUCCUUCAGAAUCCAGUAGUCAUGUAUCAAUUAUGGGAGAGGAGGAUAUUUGGUUGAAUGGGAAGACAAAGCCGUUGAUAGUACUGGAUGGAGCCAAUAUUGCUUGGAAACAUGGCAAUCAUCAAAAGUUUUCUGCUUUGGGUAUUGUUUUGGCUUUUGAAUUUUUUAGUCAACGGCAAUUCGAGUGUGUUUGCUUCUUACCCGAAACGUAUUGGCAGCCAUCUACUGAGUCUUCAGUUUGGACUCAACUGGCUGUGUGGAGAGACACCCAUCGUUUGAUAUUAACACCAGUUGAUGACUAUGAUGAUUCUUACAUGUUAUUCUAUGCACAAAGACAUAGUGGUUUGAUUGUAUCCAAUGAUCGAUUUUUGGACCACAUGGAACAAACUUCAGUAGAUGAACAGAAAAGGAAAUUGGCAAAGUGGUUGUCACGUUGUCGAGUAACUUUUGUAUUUGGAGACAAUGAGUUUAUUCCUAAUCCUUCAUUCAAUAUGGCUGCGGCUUGUGAAUAUAUUGACAAACUUUGAACUCCCAUAAUUUGAUCUGUAAAUAAAGAAGAACAACGUUAUUUAUCUAUUAUAUCCAUAAUAACCGAACAUGUUGCCCCCGAUAACUGUCACAAGUUAUUUCAACCAGUCUCAUGUAUAAAAUGUAUAAACUGUUGCAAGUGUCUUAAAGUAGACUCCACAGUGUCGACAAGAACUUGUUUGUUUUGACUAUCCUUUUGAGAAUUUCUUUCCAGUUGUAAAGCUAACAAGUCAGCUUUUUCCAAAUCACGCAACAUUUGAUGAUAUAUGGAUUCCGCUUGUUUUCUUCUUUCACUUCCUUUCGUUGUCCUUUUCAUAUAUAUCUUGGUACAACUCUUUCUCAACAGACUGAAAGGAGGUGAUCUCAAUUGCAGACGAAAAUCUUCCCAUCGGUUCUUUUCUAAGAAAGAAAGCAAUACGUGUAACUCAGUUAUCACUUGUUGCACAUUCGCAAUAUAUUCAUCCACAUCUUGUUGUUGUGCGUAUGAACAAUUUGGUACAGACAACAAAACCAAGCAGUAAAGUAGCCCUCCUUGAAUCAGUUGUCUUCUAUUGCAACAGGAGUAGGGCACAAGUUGACAGCAUAUAGGUGAUGAGAAUGACAGUC